GGUCACCAGACCUCUACACUAAACACGGCAGAAAACAGAGCUUCCUCGUGGUGGACAAGCAGAAACUAGCGAUGAUUGACAGCUUGCUCAGUGAAUCUGGCCCAAAAAAAUGGGAGGUGAGUAAAUGUCAGUGCACUUUUUCACAACUGGCAUAAUUUCACAGGGAUCUGGGCUCCAAAGUCAGUUUUUCCAAAACAGGAUUCUUUUCUAUGGUUUCUGAUCACAGUUGGCUGCACCUGACCAGCACUUCACUCUAAUCAACACAUUAACCUUCAUUUUGCUCUUUUUUAGCUCUGGGUGGAAUUGAUCUGAUACUUUAUCACAGAAUUAUCCACAUAUAUCACAGAUUCAGAUGAUAUUAAGUUACCAUGAAUACAACAAACUCAUGCCUUUAAAAAAGGUAGUCAGUUAGGAUUAAUGAGGAUAUUAAUUUAGCCUUAAUACAGUUACACAGUUUGUAUUACAUUAGUAAUUAUUUAGGUUAAUAAGUCAACUUUAAUAAAGUUAACAGAUUAGCAUUAUUAAAGCUGAUAAGUCAGCAUUAAUAAAACUAAUAAAUUAGCAUUAAUAAAAUGAAUAAAUUGGCAUUAACACAGUUAGUAUGUCAACAAUAACAAGGCUGGUAAAAUAGCAGUAAUGAAAUCAAUGAACCCAUGUAUUAAUUAAUGUGAUAAGUUAUCAUUAACGAAGUUUAAAAGUUAGCAUUAAUAAAGUUAAUGAACUCAUGUAAUAAAUAAUGUAAGAAGUUAGCAUUAAUCAAGUUUAUAAAUCAGCAUAAAUUAAGUUAAAAAGGUAGAAUAAAUAAAGUUAAUGAGGUUGGCAAAAAUGAAGUUGAGAAGUCAGCAUUAAUAAAGCUAAUAAGUUAUCAUUAAUAAAGCUAAUAAGGUGACAAUAAUGAAUUAAAAAAAUGUGGCAUUAAUGAAGUUAAUAAAUCAGCAUAAGAGUCUUUAGUAUUAGGAGAGUUAAUACUCAUGUAAAGCUAUGAAAUAUUAUUAUACAAGUCUGAGCUGGUAUCUAAUAUGACUUUCUGUAAGUGUUUCCAGUUUCCGGACGUAAAUUUCUGUAAAUGUGUGGUUUAAGGAGCUGCUGAUUUGGUUCUAGGCGUCACUGCAUGCCUGGUGCUGCUUUUACUGGGUUCUGGGCACUGCAGCCUGUGUUUAAAUUAGUUUCAGCUCGCUCUCCUUCUGCAGAAACCGCUCUGUUUUACUUUUGCUGCCCAUAAUAGGCUCUGCUUCCUCCCAGUUUCAGUGUGUGCAGCUCUUUACGAGAAAUGAAAGUGAUCGAGCAGCCAAUGGCUCCGCAGCACAGAGAGAGAAAACUCAGCCAGCCAAUCAGGGUGUGAGAGUGUGUAGGGUAAAUAGAGCAGAUCUGCUCCACUGACUCACACAGCAGAGCUCAGAGCUCACAGCACCACCAACAUGAGGCCCACCUUGGAGAACAUUAAGAUCCUCUACUUCUCCAGAGGCUGUGAGGAGCCGUACGUGGAGAUCAUCACUGUGCGAAAGUCAGUGCGCUCCCAGAGUGUGUGCAGCACCCCGAGUGUGUGUACGUCUGAGGAUGAGGAGGAAACACUCCCAGCUUUAAACCACACCAGCUACAUCCUGCAGGAGCAUCACAUCGAGAGUCUGGCGGCUCAUCUCCCAGCGCGGGUUCAGGGCUGCGUGUGGGAUCUGGUGUACAGCACAGCGGAGCACGGAACCAGCCUGAGAACACUGUACCGAAAAACAGCGCAGGUAGAACGGCCCGUCCUGCUGCUCAUCAAGGACGUGCACAACCAGGUGUUCGGCGCCUUCUCCUCUGACACGUUCAGAGUGAGUGACAGCUGCUACGGCACCGGAGAGACUUUCCUCUUCACGUUCGGCCCUGAGUUUAAGACGUUCUGCUGGAGCGGAGAGAACUCCUACUUUGUGCGAGGAUUCCUGGAUUCUCUGCAGAUGGGAGGCGGAGGGGGACCGUUCGGGUUGUGGCUGGACGCCGAUCUCUGCCGUGGCUCCACGUUUUCCUGCAACACUUUCAGGAACCAGCCUCUCUCCCCCCAUCAGGACUUCACCAUCCAGGCCGUGGAGGUGUGGACCUUCCUGUAAAGACACGCCCCCAAGCACAGUGGCGCUGAAAGCGUUUUCAGCCGCGCUCAUUCAGAGCGUCUAACCUGCUGUUCCAGCCCUGGAACAGAGCUCAGCGGUCAGAACAGGUUGGAACAGGAUUUCUGACCGUUUGGCAGUUUUAGCGGCGCACAAAUCCGUUACGGGAGCCUUCUGAGGACGGAGUGGGCGCCUUCCUGCUCGGAUCAAACACUACUGAGACUAAACUACUGUGUAGUACUGAAUGAUACACUAAUGCUGUCGGCUGCACAAAGAACUGUUUACGUUUCUUAAGAUCUGAUACGACAAAAAGGAAUGUAAAAAUGUGAUGUGUACAGUUUUUUUUUCACAAUUAUUAUUUUUACACUUAAAUUAUUUUUGUAUUGCACACUGUAGAUGGGUUUGUAUAUCUGGCGCUGUUGAUCAGUGCUGUUUAUAAUUUGCCUUUUUAUUAAAAGAAAUGUUUUCCUGA